UUCUGUACAUAUUUGUAAAUACGCUUGUCUUCCGAAGCGUUACGUCCCUGCUCAUUUGUAUUGACAGGCGUUUUAUUUGACGGGCAAGGCUGCGAAACGAUCUAUUUUUUUGAGUGGAAUUACUUACAGAAUUUCAUUUCAAUCUCAGGAUCCUUUCAUAACAUCAAUUACCUGUCUAACAAAUUUUAAACAAUGAGUGAUCCGACUGGAAUUGCAUAUUUGAAGACAUUCCAAGCUUUGUAUCAGCUGGGAGAGUUGGUCGUUGGUUUAGUGACUUGGGCAAUGCUUGCUUCACAGCCUUCAUAUGUUUUUCAUGGACCUCUACAAUUUGCUCUCGGAGUUCUGAUUUUGGCUUGGAUAAUGACAUUAUUAUUUUUCGUUACUUAUAUCACCGGAUUUCACGUCCGACUCAAUGCAUUCUUUUCAUCUCGGUCAUCAGCCAGUAACGUCGGAAAGCGGUUGAAACCACAGCCGGAUCUCUAG